GCCAGCGACGCUCGUCCCCGAAGCGCCCGGAUGAAAAAGAGAGAUUCAAGGAAACAGGGUUGUUUGACUCUGUCGAGAUAGAGCAGAGCAGGGGGGACAUAUACAGGACAGAGAGAGAGAGAGAGAGAGAGUGUGUCGGAAUCUGGACGGUUUUUGACGGAGCUUCUAAAAGCCGCUAGGCGACAACCAGACGUUCGGUUCUGGGAAAAGGAGAGUUGUUGAACGGUGUCGUGUUUCGCUCUUGUGAGGGACGUGUGUAGAAGGGACUGUCUCAGCUCUGAGUCAUGGAAUGCCCCCUCCGUCCGCCACUAGCCGCCUCCUCUCUACAGACUGACUUCCAGACGCUGAGUUAGCGACACACUGCUCCCCUCCAACUGAACACAACCAGGAAGGGGACGAAGUCACAGCAGAGCUUCGUACGCACAGAGGAAAGGAUUUACAGCUCCUCUCCAACGAACCAAUAGCUAGCUGCUUUUAGCUAAGUUGGUUAGGUUGAGUUAGGUAGGUUUCUCUCCUUGUCUUGUUUUUUUUUCUGUGGAUUUGGGAUUUUUGAUCGAGAGUCAAAAUGGUGGAUUUACAAGAGUACCUGUGGAUGGUGAUCCUGGGCUUCGUCAUAGCCUUCAUCCUGGCGUUCUCUGUGGGGGCCAACGACGUGGCCAACUCGUUCGGGACGGCGGUGGGGUCGGGGGUGGUGACGCUGAAACAGGCCUGUAUCCUGGCGUCCAUCUUUGAGACGUUGGGUUCCAUGCUGCUUGGAGCCAAGGUGGGGGAGACCAUACGGAAAGGCAUCAUAGACGUCAACCUAUACAACGAGACGGUGCCUGUUCUCAUGGCGGGGGAGGUCAGCGCCAUGGUCGGUUCAGCGAUUUGGCAACUCAUCGCCUCGUUCCUCAAACUACCCAUCUCCGGGACGCAUUGCAUCGUGGGUUCGACCAUCGGGUUCUCCAUGGUGGCCAUUGGCACCAAGGGCGUACAGUGGAUGCAGCUGGUCAAGAUUGUGGCAUCCUGGUUCAUCUCUCCCCUACUGUCAGGAAUGAUGUCAGGGUUCCUCUUCUUUCUUAUCAGACACUUCAUCCUUAAUCAGGAUGACCCGGUGCCCAACGGUCUCCGUGCCCUGCCAGUGUUCUACGCCUCAACGAUAGGCAUCAACGCCUUCUCCAUCCUUUACACUGGAGCACCAUUGCUAGGUCUGGAGAUGUUACCUGUGUGGGCUAUAGCUCUGAUCACGCUGGCGGGGGCUCUGGUCUGUGCUGCCGUGGUCUGGUUUGCUGUCUGCCCCUGGAUGAGACGGAAGAUAGCAAGUCGAAUAAAGAAGGAGCGAGCUGCCCUGUCCAGGAUCUCAGACGAGUCCUUAGAACAGAUCCCUGAGGAGGAAGAGGAGGAGCUUCCCGUGUUCAAGGAGCUACCGGGCGCCAAGGGGACAGACGACGCCGUGCUGCCGUUAACGGGUGGUACCGGAGGAGAGUCACGGAGAGGAGAGUCCACCGGAGAGCUCAACAGCCUGGCCAACGGAGGCACUGCCCUGCCCAAAGGACGUGUCUAUGGACGAACCCACUCCAUGACCAACGGUACUCUGUCCAUGUCCAAGUCCCCACUGUCCAACGGCAGCUUCACCUUCGGAGGGGAACACAUCCGCAGCGACGGCCAGGUGUACCACACGGUUCACAAGGACUCUGGUCUCUACAAAGACCUGCUCCACAAGAUCCACCUGGGACGACUGGAGGACGACAACUCCGCCCCCACGCCAGACAACAACUACCGCCUGCUGCGUCGCAACAACAGUUACACCUGCUACACGGCUGCCAUCUGUGGCAUGCCAGUCCAGCCGCUGCUCCGCUCCGAGUCCCGCGAGGCGCGAGAGGCCCGAGAGGACAGUGAGAAGCUGGUGGGGGAGGGGGAGAGGUCAGGGAGCGUGUCCUUUACCAAGAAGAGAGUUCGCUAUGAUAGUUACUCGUCGUACUGUAAUGCCGUGGCGGAGGCCGAGAUUGAGGCGGAGGAGGGUGGCGUGGAGAUGAAGCUGGCGUCAGAUCUAGGGGGCGAGGAGGCAGGGGCGCCGGGUGCUCCUGUCCCGCUGGAUGACUCCGCAGAAGAGGAUGAAGGGGAUAAGGACAAACCGACCGUCUACCUGCUCUUCCACUUCCUGCAGAUCCUCACUGCGUGCUUCGGAUCUUUUGCUCACGGAGGCAAUGACGUCAGUAACGCCAUCGGCCCGUUGGUGGCGCUGUGGAUGAUCUAUGAACAAGGCGGGGUGAUGCAGGACGCCGCCACCCCCAUCUGGUUGCUGUUCUACGGGGGCGUUGGAAUCUGUUGCGGCCUCUGGGUGUGGGGGCGCCGGGUGAUCCAAACCAUGGGCAAGGACCUCACCCCCAUCACCCCCUCCAGCGGAUUCACUAUAGAGCUGGCUUCCGCUCUCACUGUUGUGUUGGCUUCCAAUAUCGGAAUCCCUGUCAGUACCACACACUGCAAGGUGGGCUCGGUGGUAGCGGUUGGCUGGAUCCGCUCCAAGAAGGCGGUUGAUUGGCGGUUGUUCCGUAACAUCUUCCUGGCGUGGUUCGUCACGGUGCCGGUGGCGGGGCUGUUCAGCGCCGCGGUCAUGGCUCUGUUCGUCUACGGCAUCCUCCCUUACGUCUGAGGAAGAGAGGAGAGAGGGAGGAAAGAGGAGAGAGGACAGAGGAGAGAGGAGAGAGGGAGGAAGGAGAGAGGGAGGAAAGAGGAGAGAGGGAAGCCUCAAGGAGAUGGAGAGUGAGGGGAGAUAAAAGAGAGGGGUAAAGAAUGAGGGGAUGAAGAGUGGGCCUCGAUGUUAAGAAUGGGGCUAGGGGAGAGGAGAGAGAUGGUG